AGGGCUUAGUUUUGCAUGUUCCCUUCCAUCCUGCAACGACGCGAAAGGCCCCUUAUCCACCUCUCCUGUGUACCGGGAACACCUCCACGGUGAUCAGCUUCUGCGUGUGCUUGUCUUUUGGAGAAGCAGCACCUUUCAAUUUCAGGAGUGGUUUAUUCAAGUGUCCUGAAGGUUUUGGAUGUGGUGCUUCAGGGAUGUCGCUACUUUGAGAGCAUCAUCCAUACACAAACAACAGCUAUCGAAUUUUUCUGUGAAUAAGCACAACAAAAAGAAGGGACAAUAGCCACAAAAAAAGCCUAGUCUGUUGAACAAGUCACUUUUCCAGUCUGUGGAUUCCACACCGACUAAGUAGAGUACUUUGAGAAUUGUUCACAUCGCUGCAGCCCAGGACGGAUUGAAAAGGGAGGCGAGACCUGUGGACCUGGUUUUCCCCUUGCAAGGCUCAGACGGCAUUUACGACUUAUCCCGUAAACCCUCAAGGAUAACACGUUUGGACGUUUAUUUACCGAAUUUCACAGGAGGCUCUUUGCACGUAUAUUGUUCUAAAUGUUUGGGAUUCAGGAAACUAUAUCGCGGGGUGGGACAACGAUGAAGGAGGAACCGCUGGGUGGGCUGAAUUCUGUCCGCUCAUGGAUGCACACAGCUGGGGUGGUGGAUGCGAACACAGCCGCCCAAAGUGGUGUUGGCUUGGCACGGGCACAUUAUGAAAAGCAGCCACCUUCCAACCUCAGAAAAUCCAACUUUUUCCACUUCGUUCUUGCGCUGUAUGACAGGCAAGGGCAGCCCGUGGAGAUCGAACGGACAGCUUAUGUGGACUUUGUGGAGAAAGAUAAAGAACCAAACAGUGAAAAAACUAACAAUGGGAUACACUACAAACUACAAUUGUUGUACAGCAAUGGCGUCAGAACAGAACAGGAUCUUUUCAUACGGUUAAUCGAUUCCAUGACGAAGCAGGCGAUUAUAUAUGAGGGUCAAGACAAAAACCCUGAAAUGUGCAGAGUUCUUCUUACGCACGAAAUUAUGUGCAGCCGGUGUUGUGACAAGAAGAGCUGCGGCAACAGGAACGAGACUCCGUCAGACCCUGUGAUCAUCGACAGAUUCUUCCUGAAGUUCUUCCUGAAGUGCAAUCAGAACUGUCUGAAGAAUGCAGGGAAUCCAAGAGACAUGCGCAGGUUCCAGGUUGUCGUCUCGACGACAGUCAACGUGGACGGCCACGUCUUGGCUGUCUCAGACAACAUGUUUGUCCACAACAACUCCAAGCAUGGGCGAAGGGCUCGCAGACUCGACCCUUCAGAAGCAGCCACCCCGUGCAUCAAGGCCAUCAGCCCCAGUGAGGGAUGGACUACAGGAGGGGCCACUGUCAUCAUCAUUGGGGACAACUUCUUUGAUGGCCUGCAGGUCGUGUUCGGGACAAUGCUUGUCUGGAGUGAGCUCAUUACCCCCCACGCCAUCCGUGUCCAGACCCCUCCCAGGCACAUCCCUGGUGUAGUGGAGGUCACGCUGUCCUAUAAGUCCAAGCAGUUCUGCAAAGGGGCUCCUGGGAGAUUUGUCUACACCGCCCUCAAUGAGCCAACCAUCGACUAUGGGUUCCAGAGGCUGCAGAUCAUCCCCAGGCACCCGGGUGACCCCGAGAGGUUACCAAAGGUCAGUGUUAUGUCUCAUCUUCACAGAAAUUGACAUUACAACACCAUA